UGACGUCAUGUGCAAGGAAGUAGACGUGGCAUAAAGACGUCGGUAGGCAAUCACCGGUGAGCAUACAUUCUUUCUUUGACAACAGUGUAGAGGAAAGGGAAAUAAGCCAAUUGAAAAGACUGUAAUAUCUGUAAAGCAUACUGUUGUCCCCAAGAAAUGGCCUCAGCGAAUAACGGCUCGGUCGGUAAAUGGGAAGUAGUGAAGAAAAGUAAGAAACAGAGCAGUACGGGAGGCAAGAAUCAACCUGACAAGAAAACUGGAGGAAGAAAAGCACUUAGCGAAUCCAACCUACCCAAGGUUGAUCCAUCUGCUCCAAUAAAGACGACCGAGACUAUCUAUGAGGGCUUCGAGAAGAUCGGGAAGAAGCAGAACAAGGAGCAGGUGCCGCCGGCCCCAGAGCCCCAGCAGAAGAAGGUCAAGGAUGGCAAGCAGGCCAAGAGGUCCCCCACCAGCAGCCCCAAACCCAGCCGCUACCGCAGUCUGGAGGAGGCUGUUAGAGGCCUGAAUGUGUCGGAGUUGAAACAGCAGCUUGAGAAGAGUCAGUCUCUGUUCCCAGAGAACCCGUCGGUGUGGGUGAAGGACCUGGCCGGCUAUCUGAACUUCAAGCUGCCCGCCCCAGACAAUGACCCCACUCUCAGCACAUAUGCACACGAUUACCCGUACUGCUUAGUAAGUAAAGAACUGCGUGCCAUCAUCAAGAAUCUGCUGAGCAAGAGCGGCGAGACUUUACAGGACUUCUUUGACCACUGCCUUUUCACCAUGCUGAGGGAGCAGGACAAGCAACCAGGUGACUCUCUCCACGGCUACAGAAUUUGCAUUCAGGCCAUAUUGCAGGACAAGCCCAAAAUAGCCACCCUCAACCUGACUGAUCACCUGGAGCUGCUGCGCUCCCACCAAAACCGCCCAGUCAAGUGCCUGACCAUCAUGUGGGCCCUGGGCCAGGCCGGCUUCUACGACCUCAGCCACGGUCUCCGAGUUUGGCUGGGCAUCAUGUUGCCAGUACUGGGCGUGAAGUCCCUGUCCUCAUACGCCAUUGCCUAUCUGGAGCGCCUCCUCAUGCUCCAUUCCAACCUCGUCAAAGGUUUCGGGAUCAUGGGACCCAAAGAACUCUUCCCCCUGCUGGACUUUGCCUACAUGCCCAAAAAUGCACUGUCAACCAGUCUUCAGGAGCAGCUGAAGCGGCUGUACCCACGGCUCAAGGUUCUGGCGUUUGGAGCAAAGCCCGAGUCCACAUUGCACACAUACUUCCCGUCUUUCUUGUCCAGAGCUACACCAAACUGCCCUGAGCCCAUGAAGAGAGAGCUGCUGAACAGUCUUACAGAGUGCUUGUCUGUGGAUGCACACAGUUUGGGAGUCUGGAGGCAGCUGUACACCAAAUAUCUUUCUCAGUCGAGCUUGCUUUUGAGUCACUUGCUGAAGUACUGGAAGACACUGCCGCAAAAGUUACGGAAAAGUCUUCAGGAAACCAUCCAGUCCUUCAGAGUGACUAACGAGCAGCUGGGUGACUGUGACGGUGUCGAGGAGUGCAACGUGAUGUGCCAUAGUAUACAGAUGAAGAUGAGAGGACAGGGCUUCCCCUGGUCGCGACUGCUGAUGGCGUUGCUAGUGUUUGCCGCGGGGUUCAUCGCACACGACGUCCGGUCGCAAGGGUCAUUCGCUGCCUCCACCACAGCCCACUACCUUCAGAGCUCGGGCAUCACGGAUACAUCCCUUCAGGCCUGGAGCAAAGUCACUACUUACUGCCAGCAAGGCUUUAGUUGGCUGGAGGAGAACACCCCAUAUUACUACUCCCUGGUUGUGGAGAAAGUGGGUCCAGUGAUGGAGGAAGGUUUGGAAAAGACAAAGAUGGCAACAGCCUUCGUUGCCACACACACCUCCCAGCUUGUGGAAUGGAUGAAAGAAAACACACCUCUGUUUAUUGAAUGGCUGAACACCAACACUCCCGAGAGCGUGCUGCAGUUUCUGGAGUAUGUGAAGGAGCUGCUGCUGUUCCUGCAUGAGAACUACAUCCUCCCAGCGCUGCACUGCGUCCUACAGGGCCUCCAGCACGCAUGGCAGGCUUUCCAGGACUCCUGCAAUGGGGAGGUAUCGCUCUUAUGCAUCCAGAAUCAUAUGGUGUUUUUUACCAACUCCACCUGGCUUUACCUGCAGGACACAACAGCCUCCAUCAGAGACUGGGCCCAGGACUUACUGUCACGAGCGUGAUGCCCACAAACACAUUACACAGUCCCUAUUUCCUUUUACAAAAGAAACAUACAUAUACGCACACACACACCUACACCCCUACACCCCUCCCCCACAGAGACUACCUUGGCUUCUGUUGUCCCCUCCGAUCAGGGUGCACGACACACACACACACACACAGAGCUUAUAGAGGAGAAGCUUAGUACUCUCCUCCAACUUCACAUUUUUUUCCAGGAUUCUUACUUCUUUUGAUUCUUUUUUAUUUUCAACAAAAUUGCUUGAUUUCUUUCAGAUUGUUUUUCUACUGGUGGGAGAUAAGUCCCUUUUUUUGUCUUUUUAUAAGCGUUCUUCAGGCGUGUUAAACAGUAUUUAUUUCCAGGGAGUUUGCCAAAAGGGGUGCAGACAGCCCUCUUCCUGGACAAAUCAAGCUCUUAAAGAGCAAGGGACUCAUGAAGACUCACAGCAAUCACACAAAACUAAACAGUGAAUAAACAUGUAUGAUUUUAAUCUGAACGAGUUAAGUGGAAAACUCUGAUUCUGCCAUAUUUGAAUACUCCUACGUAGUCAGUGACUGUGUGGAUGUUCUGUCUGUCUGUCUGUCUGUCUGUCUGUCUGUCUGUCUGUCUGUCUGUCUGUCUGUGCGCGCAGUGCUAGAGGACUGAACCAACUGUUUUGCUUCCUCUGAAAGCUGCUCUCUCUUAAUUUCUGUUUGUGUGAAGCCUGCUGAAGGCGUGACUGAACACUGGACUUCAGCGGACUGCUGCUGCUCCCUGAUACAGAUAUUACUUAAAGGUUGAUUCCUUUUUGUAAAUUUAAUGAAUGAAUGAAUGAUUGCCCACUCCCGUACACUUAUAGGAAGCCCCAUUUCCCCCCUCUAAUUGUCCCAUAUUAGCUUUUUAUCUCCUUGAGGGAAAUCUAAAACUCUUACAUGGCCUAACUGAAGAAUGCAGAAAUGCUGUGAAUGCAGGAAGGAAAAAUGUCUAAAUGAAUGACUGUUACUAUUAAAGUGAUUUAUGAAUAAAGAUUUAAGCCUGUC